CGAUGUUGGUGUAACAAGGUUGGGUAUGAAGAUACUUACAGGCGAAUUUUGACGUAUCAGUUUCAGUACAUCGAGUUUGCAGUGUCUGAUAGAAUUGUUGGUGAUUACUAUUUGCCACUGCCAGUGCAACGAGGAUGUGACCUGCGGGACAGCACAGACAUAGGUUGGAGCGCGAGCGUUGGGAUAUCACGCCGGUGCUGUCAAGAUGACGUCCAAUAACUUUCACUUUACUGGAAACAAGUUUUACAAAGGAAGUGUUGAUUCUGGCUUCCAGGAACCAAUAGUAGUUGGCGACACAGCUGGCGACGACAAAACACUGCAGUCUCCAGAUCCUGUAGGACCUCUUGAAACAGCGAUGGAAAUUAACAGUUUUUCAAACAUGGGAAGUAGACGAGGAGAUAUUAAUCAGACAUCACCCCUAGGAUCCCCGGAGACGGGUCGGCGUCCGUUCGUGCCCCAGGAACUAUUCCAGGACCAGCACCUCCAGCAGCAGCUGGCCUCCAUCAAGCAGCAGCAGCAGCUACAGCAGCACUUCCUGCUGCAGCAGUAUGAGCAGCAGCGGCAGCAGCUGGAGCAGGAGCACGAGAAGCAGCUCCACGAGCAUAUCAAGGUACAUAUUCAGCAGCAGCACAAGCUGGAGCAGCAACAGAGGCUGGAGAAGGAGCUCAUGGAGAAGGAACGGCUACAGCAGAUCAAAAACAAGAAGAAACAGGACGAAAGUGCUAUUGCGUCGAACGAGGUGAAACAGAAAGUUCAUGAAUUCAUACUGAGCAAGAAACAGAGGGAACAAGCCGUUAAGGAGUUGACUGGUUCCCCACCUCAGUUUAGACACCCCUGGGGUCCAAACCAAGGAUCACUUGAUCAGAGUUCUCCCCCAGCCAACAUGUCACCACCAUACCCUCAUGCCAUUCUCGGCAAAUAUGAUGAUGACUUUCCUCUGAGGAAAACAGCCUCUGAGCCAAAUAUUCUAAAAGUUCGCUCAGCACUAAAGCAGAAGCUGGAGACACGACGCACUAUCUUAACUCACAGUCCAUUAGUGCGGCGCAGGGAUAAAGGCCUCCUGCUUCACAAACGCAAAAACCAACUGUCAAUCGAAACAGGUGUGUGCAGCAGUAAUCCAGACUCUGGCCCUAACUCUCCGCAAAGCAGUAUCCAUGGCCCCCUGCCAAAUGGCAGUCUGACUUCCCUGCACUCAAAGGAAGACAGCAACAACUACCCAUUCCCGUUUCGCCCUGGGCUGGCCUACGGCACGGAUUUGAGUCUGUACACGUCGCCGUCGAUGCCGAACAUUUCACUUGGUCGACCGCCCACUUCUGGCCACUCCUCUCAAGCAUCAACAUCCAGCAGUGUAUCCUCUGAAGAUGAGCUUCGUGUGAACGCCGUGCGCCUAGGUUUACCUCUCGGUCCCAUGUUGCCAAAUACUCUACCAGGUUAUUUCAGUGCAUUGCCGUUUAUAGAAGGCGAGUUCCCACCUGGCUCAAGUCAGGCGUUCCUAGCCGCGGCCGCUGCUCAAGGCAAGCUGGGCAGUCCCGUGAUGAGUCCAUACACCAUUCCACCAUCAGGAUCCGGUCUCACAGAGCCACCCCACCCUGCACAUCGUCUCCACAGACACCAUCGCCCAUUGAGCCGCACACAGUCGGCGCCCCUCCCUCUUGGUCACCCGGUGUUCCAGCAGCAGCAGCAGCUCCUACAGCAGCAGCAGCAACAGCAGCACGAGCAGUACAUGAAGGAUCAGAAGAUCUACCUGAAGCAGCAUAUACGACAGACCGUGCUCCAGCGCAGUAGCAGCAAGAGUCACAUGGAGAAUGUCGACGAGGAGGCCGAAGUCAAACUGGCACAGGAGAUGAAAGAGUCGCGAAGUCAGGCUGAGAUCGGCGAGAGUACGAUGGAGGAGACGACCAGCGAGCCAGAGAAGCAACAGACGGCGGUGGCGCACGACCACGAGCAGUACCUGAGUAUGCGCGAGGUGUCGAAGCCGCGGCACCGGGGGCCGUCCCACCAUCGCACGCUGUCCCGCACCCAGUCGAGUCCACUCGUCACGUUCUCCGUGCCGCCCCAGAAGCAGCAGGAGCCCGGCCCCGUGUCCUACACCUUCACCACGGGCCUGGCGUACGACCCCACCAUGCUCAAACACGAGUGUACAUGCGGAAACAGCUCCAGCCAUCUGGAGCACUCGGGACGGAUACAGAGCAUCUGGACGCGCCUCCAGGAAUGCAGUCUCAUUGCACGGUGUGAGACGGUACGUUCAAGAAAAGCCACAAUGGAAGAAUUACAAAGCUGUCAUACAGAACUUCAUACAUUAAUAUACGGACCAAAUCUAAGUCGACAAAAAUUAUUAGACUCUCCUCCGACCCGAUUCUGUCUCUUACCAUGUGGAGGUGUGGGUAUUGACUCGGACACUGUGUGGAACGAGUUGCACACGUCAUCGGCCGCUAGAAUGGCUGCUGGUUGUGUUACAGAAUUGGCUUGUAGUGUAGCCCUUGGGGAUCUCAAGAAUGGAAUGGCUGUUGUGAGACCCCCAGGUCACCACGCAGAGUCCAAUCAAGCUAUGGGUUUCUGUUUUUUCAAUUCUAUUGCAAUAGCUGCCAAACAGUUACGAGAGAAGUUAAAAAUCAAUAAAGUGCUGAUUGUGGACUGGGAUGUUCACCAUGGUAAUGGAACGCAGCAGAUGUUUUUCAGUGAUCAACAUGUUUUGUACAUAUCAAUUCAUCGUCAUGACAAUGGCAAUUUCUUCCCGGGUACGGGGGCCCCCGACGAAUGUGGUGCAGAGGAGGGGGUUGGAUUUAACGUGAACAUUGCAUUUGGAGGCUGCCUUAACCCGCCUAUGGGAGACACCGAGUAUCUAACAGCAUUUAGGACCAUUGUGAUGCCGAUAGCACGUGAGUUUAGCCCAGACGUUAUUCUCAUUUCCGCUGGUUUCGAUGCAGCAAAAGGUCAUCCUGCCCCUCUGGGAGGUUAUGAGGUUACUGCAGCAGGUUUUGCUCACAUGACGCGUGAGCUGAUGUCUCUAGCCAAUGGGAAGGUUAUUCUUGUACUAGAAGGAGGCUACGACAUCCCGGCUAUCUCGGAAGCAUCUGCUUCAUGUGUGAAAGCUCUUCUUGGAGAUGAGCUGGCCCCAAUUGAAGAAAAGGAAAUGUGUCGGCCAUCUUGUAAGCCUGCUCUCGAGACUUUGGAACAAACGAUACAGAUACAGGGUGAGCACUGGCCAAGUAUAAAGCGCUACGUGGGUACGCUUCACCACUCACUGAUGGAGGCUCAGAAACGGGAGAUGGAGGAAGCCGACACGGUGACCGCCCUCGCCUCAUUGUCCAUGGUCCCCGCCAAACGCAGUGAAUCUGUCGAGCAGGAGACCGAGCCAAUGGACGAAGGGACGUAAUCCAGAUGCUCACUCCACGAGGAGAACGAACAGUUUAGCAAGCACCGUCAGUGUGUUGGUCCGAGUGUUGGUUGGAGGAACACCAUCUGUUGGUGGAAAACACACCACCUACCAACACAACAACAAAGCUUCUCUACCCCACACCCACCCCCACCCCCACCCCCACCCCACCCAUAAUAGCACACACACCCCAAGACUGUCGGUGACCGAGGGAUCAGUCUAUUUUUGUAUAACCUAGAGGACUUGUGCAGAUGCACACUACGAGACCCCACUACCCUCCUCACCUCCCCUCCCCUUCACACCCAACCCCACCUGGUGUGGGCUGCCUGCCCGUCUCUGUAGAUGAGCCGCAUGGAUGUUGUGUUGUGAUCAUCGUGUACCCCCCCCCCCCCCCCCUGUUCUGCAUCAUUAAACCCUGAUGGAGUGCUGUUUGUGCCAUCCCUUCUUCAUGUAGCGUCAAAGCAGAGGAAAACAUGUUUGUGAAAAAAAAACAAAUGAAAAAAAAACACUUAACAGUUACGCGCUGUCUAAAUGCUUUGCCUAGCCAGCCGUCAUUGUCAGGAGAUGCCUGGGAUCCGAUGUUGAUAAUAAUUAAUAUUAUUGUAGUCUUUAUCUCGUAAAAAACAACAACAACAACAACAUUUGUCUGCAUUUAAUAUUGAUACAUCUUGUAUUGAUGUGCUAUCGGCCCAGAGUGUUUUAACGGCAGGCUUGUUGCAUGGAGUCACAGAAAUUGUGAGAUAUGUAAUAAUAAUAAUAAUAUAUUGGGAAUCCCAAUACUAAGUGUCAGUGUUGUACAGUAUCAUGUAGUUGAUUUUUGUGUUUUUGUUAAAAAGUGAACAUUGA